AUGGUGCAACUUAAUCCACACGUCGACCCCCAUGAUGCUCCCUUGCUCGGCAACGAUCCUUUCACAGAUUCGGCUGCGUGCUCGGUGUCUGAGUGUCUUCCAGAGGGACUGAAUGGAAAGCCUCCGCCGUACCCCUUCCACUGCCCGAACUGGCGAGAGAGCGUCCAGCAGGCCGCCUUACGCCAUAAUGACCCCGCGCCGCACAUCGGGCAAGAUACUUCACAGGGCUCAGACUACGCGCAUGGCGACUCGAACCGCCAACGUGCACGGGAGGCGCACUUCAGCUUCGGGAUCUGGAGAGGUAGUCGACCAUUCACGAGCGUGUACGAUUUUAGCGCAGGUAUGGUUUACGAUGAAUCAUCCGCACACCUUGGUCAACGAGCCCCAGUCCCUCCUCUGACGCAGUCUACGAAGGUCGAUCAGACCUUGUUUGAGCGCGUGAAGAGUUACCCCCGCCGGGGCAUCCCGUGUGGUAUUUUCGAGCUCGGUUUUUCGAAUCAAUCGAGUGCAUUGUGGCUACCGCUUAUUACCGACGCUGUUCUAUUUUCUCAGAGGACGUUCACAACGCCCAUAGCUGCCGUAUUCGCUGUAUGGCAAAGUCGUUAUUCGUCUAUGCACUGCCGGCGCGACAACGGCGGCGCGACAACGGCGAUGAAUACCCGCGACGACAGGGAGCCGGAGAAGGUGCACACCUCGAAUUCGAUCACCGAUGCCGGCGAGGCAGACCCUCCCAACGAAAGAAGCCCGGAAGAAGAUGUUGCUCAGGAUCACGAAAACACAUGGGACGCACUUCGCGAGCCAUGGGCCACUUCGGACCCGAUGCUGGCGUUGGAUCUGGCUGUCAAGCAAAUUCUGCACGCCGUGCGCGUCGUGCUGGCGGACUCCGGCUCGCAGAACGGUACAUCAGUGGCGUACGCGCGAUGUCAUCCAACGGGGAAGACGGACGUGGGACCAAGAGGCUCGAUGCAGGCCCAAGCGAAGAUGCGCCCUCACGGACGCGGCGCCACCCCGCCCACAGAGUUCGCUCGGGGACCACCCGCGACGUCGAAUACAGGUGCCCUCGCGUUCGUUGUACCAAGAAGCACGCGCCAGGCGCUGCCCUUGUUCUCGCACCUGCUCGGGCCAUUUUUCAAAAUGACUCGCAUGGGCAUCGCCACCAUUCCUGCCUAUAAUGUCACCGGUGCUAUGUCCCACACCGCUCAGAUUCGCCCCGACUUCGACGUUGCCUCUCACAACAAUCAAGACCUCGAGGAACACCCACCACAUGCUAUGACAGCACAGGAUAGUGAUUCCGACGUUAAGGAAUGUCAGUGUAUGCCCGAAGCCGCUGAGAAGAUGAAGGUGUCUCUCGUCCUCGCCUACCAAACACUGGAAACUCGGCUUGCGGGUGACAACCGCCUCUCCGCAUUGAGUGUCGACCAGCCCAAAGGGCCGCUCGCACCGGCUGGCACGAUGACGCCAACGUCGCUCUCGCCGCCACAGUCUCACCGCUCGUCUAUCGCCGGCAGUCAACAAAUAUAUAUGCCAUCUGCGCCGUUGUUUGAGCCGCGCUCGCGCUCAGAUAAUGCAGUAACCGGCUCUGAGGAUGCUGCUUUCCCCAUGGACUCCGUCUCGGAGUCUGUGCGCCACUCUCCGGAGACUGCGGUGUCUACAACAGAGCCAGACGAUUCCUACGACUCGGAUUAUGUUGAAUGUUCCUGGCGAAGCAGGUCCAGUCCCAUCUUGUUCGGCGACUAUGGCUUCGACGAGUACUGCUAA